ACUCCUCUAAGAUCCCCUCACCAUGACUACAGCCCAGCACCAGUUACUAGUAUGGUUUGUUCUCCUGAGUCUGGUCUGCACCAUUGAGGUGCGGGCCGCUCCAUUACUGGGGGAGUGGUCCACGGCUGGUCUCGUCCACCGGGCCAAACGUUCUUUGCUGUGGAGAUGGAACACCCUGAAGCCUGUUGGAGCCAGCUGCAGGGAGCCCUCUGAGUGUGGAACCAAAUACUGCAGGAGAAAUGUCUGCAGUUUUCGUGUCUUUUCCUCUUAAACAUCUGCAAGCAAUGGAUCUCAAGGCUAAUCACCCAGUAUGGAAGAAAUAUAAUUUCAACCGAAUAAUGGAAAACUGGAGAACAAUGACUGAUUAUGCAUGAGCAGAGGAAGCGAUGUCCAAAAACGAAACAGGAAAAAUGCUGCUUUCUGAACUGUCUGGUUAACCAUUCUCACACACUUACUGAUCACAGUUUUGUACCAGGUACAGCAUUGUCUCAAGCAAACAAGCUGUUGUCCCUGUACGUACCAAAGAUCAAUAUCCACGUGUCUUAUCAGUAACAGCACUAAACCACUGGAUGUUACUUUAUCUGUCUGAUCUACAAUGUUUGAUGAAGGAAAUACAGACAUAACAGAAACAACUUGAAGU